GGAUGCUCAGCUCCCCCUCCCCUGGGGAGGCUCUGGAAUGCACUCUCACUGACCCUCCCAUUGGAAACAAGGGAAAUGCCUCUAUGCGAGCCGCCUAGCUCAGACAAAGGUUGGCAAGGUUCUCAGUCCUCCACAAGCCGACCAAAUAGGUAUUUACUUGUGCCUCUCGAGCGUGUGGCUUGGACGCGGUGUUCCGCAUUGUGGAAGUGGCCGCGCACCAAGUGAAAUAUUCGUUACUAUAGUAACAGUUCCUUUUUAUUGAUACCAGAAUAAACAGGAAUGCAGAGCUGCCUCACUCACUGGCACACUGCAGCUGCCCGCCAUCCCCAGGGGUGUAAGAACCGCCCUUCAGAGGCGGCCCUCCUUGCUCGGCCCUCCUUGCUCGCCUGGGACUUCCCAGCAGAGUGAGGGACCCAGCCGCGGCUCCUGAGUUCCCUGCCCAGAGACGCAGCUGAGAACCUCAAUGUACUCAGAGAUCCAGAGGGAGCGGGCGGACAUCGGGGGACUGAUGGCCCGGCCUGAAUACAGAGAAUGGAACCCAGAGCUCAUCAAGCCCAAGAAGCUGCUGAACCCUGUGAAGGCCUCCCGGAGCCACCAGGAGCUGCACCGAGAGCUACUCAUGAACCACAGAAGGGGCCUGGGCGUGGACAGCAAGCCGGAGCUGCAGCGUGUCCUGGAGCACCGCAGGCGGAACCAGCUCAUCAAGAAGAAGAAGGAAGAGCUAGAGGCCAAGCGGCUGCAGUGCCCUUUUGAGCAGGAGCUGCUGAGACGGCAGCAGAGGCUGAACCAGCUGGAAAAGCCACCAGAAAAAGAAGAGGACCAUGCCCCCGAAUUUAUCAAAGUCAGGGAAAACCUGCGGAGAAUCGCCACGCUAACCAGUGAAGAGAGAGCACUGUAGAGUGGGGUCGUUGAAGCUCCAGCCCGAGCAGCCCACCCCUGACCCCCAUGCCCUCCUCCAGCCCUUCUGCAUCUGGCAGCCCUGGGCCCCCAGCCUGGGGACAUCCGUGAUGUUCAUGCUUGCUCUUGUGAAAAUGCCCCAGAGGGCCUGGGCCCUCCUUCCCACCCACCAAGAAGCUGGGAGGCCCCUAAGC